UUAUAUAUUUAUAAACAUAAAUGAAAGGAAGAAAAGAAAUGGUUGUAGAUUUAAGUCGUAACAUUCGUUUUACACGGACAGAUGUUACAGCAGUUAAACUUUACGAAGAAUAUGUCAUAGCAGGAAUUGGUAGCUCCCUUUUUAUUUAUAAGAAGGACACUUUAGAAGUGGUUACAAUUCAUCAUAAAAUACUUGAUGGUCAAAAAAUAUAUGGAAUUGAGUCCUCUAAGGAUGGUUCAAAGUUGUUAAUAUUUGGUGGUAAGCAAUUUAUAAUCAUAGAGAGAUCAAAUGGAGAGUUUCAGUUAUUUAAUUUUUCUCCGGGCAGUAUUUGUGAUGACUGGCUGCAUAGCGGGACUUGGUUGUCUGAUAAUGAAGUUGGAUUGCUAACAGCACAUAAUGUAGUUCAGAUAUGGGAUAUAUCAAAAGAACCUGUUUUAAUAUCUCAAACAAUUGGCAAAGAUAACUCAAUCCUGUACAGUGGACUUUUGCUACCUCUGACUGAUGAUGUUCUGGUACUCAGUGGCACUGUUUUCUCACAAAUUAUCAUAUAUAGAUGUAAAAAGGAACAACCUCUUCAUUAUCUACUCGGACAUAAAGGUGUUAUAUUUUCGAUAUCAUGCUGUUUAAAAAAAAGAAUUAUUGUAACCACAUCUGAUGAUCGAUCUGUAAGGAUAUGGUCAGUUAUUAGUUCUAUUGAUAAUUGUACAAUAUCUGAAUAUUGGGAUUGUGCAAGUAUAUCUUGUGCGCAAGAACUGUACGGUCACUCUGCUAGAGUGAUGAGAAGCUGUAUAAGUAAUAAAUAUAUUAUUUCUGUAGGUGAAGAUUCAUGUAUUUGUUUCUGGGAUUACAAUGGUACUUUGGUAAAAAGGUUUAGCAUCCAUCAAAAUGCACCAAUAUGGUCAGUUAGUGCGGAUGAUGACCAUUUAGUGACAGGCGGUGGUGAUUGUUCAGUAAUACUACACCCUUUAUCAACAGUUAAUUCGUUUUCUGACUCUGAGAUAUUAAAAAUAAAUGAUGGUAAUCCUAAAAAAAUAGUUUUCACUGCCAGAAGAAAUUUAGUAAUUCUCAAAGAGUGUGGUAAUUUGAUUUACUAUGAUAUAAUUGAUAAAAAUGAAACAGAAUAUAAUUUGAAAAAUGAAUCCACCUGUAUAUUGCUAAGUAUAUCAUUGUGUAAACAAAUUAUAGCAGUUGUCGAUAUGCGUGGAAAUUUAAACAUCUUUAUAGAAAAUUGUAAAGGCCCUGCGAAAAUAACUAAUGUCAUAAGUACUAAAUUGUCUAUUGAUAAAAUAUUAUCUAUGGAUUGGGCUGGAAAUAGACAUCUAGUACUUUGUUCCGGAAGUGGUGAAAUUUAUGUUAUAGCUUCUAGAAAUAAUGAAGUAGAAAUCAUCUCGAAACAUUCUCUUCCUAAUUGUAAAGAAAGAUGGUUAACAUCAGCUGCUAUGAGUACAGAUAAUCUAUUAGUCGUAGGUGACAGAUGUGGUAAUAUUCACUUUUAUAAAAAAGAAGAAUUUAAUCCAUUAAAAACUUUUUCUAAAGUCCAUGGCAGGUAUGGUCCUACAUCUAUAAGGAUAAAGUCUAAUGAAAUAAUAACCACCGGAAGAGAUAGUACAUUAAAGUAUUUCUCUUUAGUAUCAAAUAAUGACGUAUAUCAUAUAAAAUUGACAAGUUCAAAAGAUGUAGGAUUUCCUUGGGUAGAAAAAUGUAUAGAAGGUCAUGAUGAUUUAGUUUGUGGUUUCCAAGAAAGAAUAUUUGUAAUAAGCAACAUAAGAAAUAAUGCAAAGUUAAUCGAAGUGCCCUGCGGUGGUGGACAUAGAUCUUGGGACGUAGUUCGUUAUAUUGAAAAAAUAAACGAUGAAUAUGAAGAAAUAAUUAAGCUUAUAUAUUUGAAAAAUUCAGAUAUAAAUUUAAUAACGUUUCAGUUAAGUAAAAUUGAAUCUAAAGAUGUUAUUAAAGGUACACAUUCUAAAGAAAUUAAUUGCUUGAAAUCUCAUUUACCGAAGAUUGAUGAAUCUGUAGUAUUAUUUAUUUCUGGUGGUGAAGACACUACAUUAAGAAUAUCUACUUCCUCAAAAGAAGUAAAUUUCCAAGAUGAAGUUAUUUUAAAACAUUUAUCAAGUGUAAGAACAUUAAAAACAUUUUUAAUAAAUAACAAUAAACUCCUAGUUGUUUCGGGCGGAGGUAGAGCACAAAUUUGUAUAAAAGUUAUAAAUUUUAGUAAAAACAAUGACAAAAUAAAAAUAUUAGUAGAAGAAUUGAUAGACUAUUUAGUCAAAGGAACAGAUAAAGAACGCAAAGGUGAUAAAACUUGGAGAAACUGUGCAAUCGAUUUCGAUCCAGAAACACGAAUAAUGGAUUUAGAAAUUGUCGAAAUAGAUAAAAAUAUUUUCAACAUAUAUACAGGAUGUUCUGAUGCAUUUAUACGAAUAUAUCAAUUUAAAUACGAUGAAGAAGUAUCUUUUAAACAUUUAGGACAAGUGAAAUAUCAUAAAACGUGUAUUUUAAAAACACACUGUUUAAAUUAUUUAAAUCAAAUUAUACUAAUAACUUGUUCAACAAGAGGGGAGAUUUGCUUUUGGGAUGUAACUGAACCUAACGCUGCAAAUGAAAUAAAAACUUUCCUAGUUAUUACAAGUAAUAAAUCAGGAAUCAACUGUGUAGCAACAAGAAUUAUUUCUGAAGACAAAGUAGUAAUUGCUACUGGAGGUGACGAUAACGCUAUACAUAUAAAACUUCUUAGUGUACAAAAUAAAGAUUUCAAAACUGCAAAAGUAACACAAAGUUGGUCAUCAGAUAAAUUUCAUUGUUCACAAAUAACUGGUAUUUUAAUAAUUGAUGAUAUUUUUAUAUCAACAUCUAUAGAUCAGAGAAUAACAGUUUUUAAAGCGAAAGAAGAUGAAAACGACUUGGAAUUCGUUAAACAAAUUAUGACUGAUGUCUCAGAUGUUCAGGGAUUGGAUCUUAUAAAAUACACUGAGUAA